AUGAAUUCUAGAGAUGAAGAUCCAUUAAAUUAAGUAGAUUUAGAUUAAGCAUAUGAUAUUCCAAAUCAAUAAGGAAAUUUAAAAUAAAAAAUAAAUGAAAUUCAAGAUAUUACUGCUGAAAAAUAUGAUGACAUUAAUUAAAUUAUCAAUUAUGAAAUGAGAGCAAUGUAAGAGAAAUUAGGAUUUAGAGGAGAAAGACCAUAAAUAUACUAAUAAACAGCUUUGUUUGUAGCUGUAAUUUAGUUAAUAAUAGCAACAUUUUUAUCAAUGUUAAUUUCAUAAACAACGUUUUUAGGUCAUGCUUGGACAUUUAUUCCAUGGGUCUAAUAUCUAUUCAUAUUUACAUAUUUAUUCACUAUUAUUAGUAUUUAAUGUUUUUAAGAAACAAUCUAAGAGGUAAUAAAUUUAAAUUGAAAUGAUAGACAAGAUACAAUUUUGGAAUUUGUUGCAUUCAUGCAGUCUCUAAAAUUGUUUUAAUUGUAUUUAUAUCCAUAUGGUUCUUUGACAUAAGAGUGGAAAUAUUUUUAGUAGCAUUAGUUGCAAUUUAAGGCUAUGUCACUCUUAAGAUAUAUAUUCCUACUUAAAAAAAUGAAGAGUUCGAACUUAAAGUAAAGGAUUUAUGGAAAAAGAUGACUUUGUUUUAACUUUGUAUUUCUAUAUUCUUAGUAUCAAUUUCUAUUAUUUAAGAUGUACUUUACAAGAUCAACUUAUACAUUUGGAUUUAUAGUGUUUGUAUCAACUCUAUUAAUAGGAAUUUAUACUAUAGUGUGUUUGUAAAGAUUUAAAGAAUAGUCAUAUUUUUCAUUUAAUUCUAAUGAUUUAUAUUUAGGUGCUUUAUAAUUGGAAGCAGAUAUGAUUUUUCCAUGCGCAUUGAUUACAUUUCAAUAAAAAAAUAAAACUUAAACUCCUUCUCCACAUCCAUCAAUAAGGAGUGAGAAAGAGAAUGAGAAUAAGAGAUAAGACUCAGAAUAAAGAAUAGCAGUACAAUCUAUAAAGAGUGUUGCUGAUUGA